AUGGAUCAGCAAGCUCAUGGACAGCCCCAUGUCAUGGGAGUAGUUGGUGGUGGAGCUCAAAUGCCAUAUGGUGCAAAUCAAUAUCAAGGUAACCAAAUGCUUGGGGCUAAUCCCUCUGGAUCAAUUGCCGCAUCUGUACAGUCUCCCGCUCAGCCAGCAGGUUUCACGGCCUCCCCUGCUCAGCUUGCACAACACCAACUUGCUUAUCAGCAUAUCCACCAGCAGCAGCAACAGCAACUACAGCAACAACUCUCGUCUUUUUGGACGGAUCAGUACCGAGAAAUUGAGCAGACAACUGACUUCAAGAACCAUAGCCUACCACUGGCAAGGAUCAAGAAGAUCAUGAAGGCAGACGAGGAUGUACGAAUGAUAUCUGCUGAGGCACCUGUCAUAUUUGCCAGAGCCUGUGAGAUGUUCAUCUUGGAGUUGACACUGCGUUCGUGGAAUCACACAGAGGAGAACAAGCGGCGGACACUCCAGAAGAAUGACAUCGCAGCAGCGAUCACAAGGACUGAUAUCUUUGACUUUCUGGUUGAUAUUGUGCCCAGAGAGGAUCUGAAAGAUGAGGUACUUGCGUCAAUGCCUCGAGGGGGGACCCUGCCUGUUGGAUGUCCAACAGACCCUCUUCCUUAUUACUAUAUGGCACCUCAACAUUCACCACAGAUUGGAACUCCAGGGAUGAUCAUGGGUAAGCCUAUGGUGGAUCAGGCAAUGUAUUCUCAACAGCCUCGUCCUUACAUGUCUCAGCAGAUGUGGCCUCAACCACCACAGCAGCAACCACCACCCAUGGAUUCUUGAGAGUGGGAGGACAGUAAAACACUUUUUAAGUCGAUUACCAUACUCUGUCAGUGAAUAGUUUGGAGGACAGUGCGAGUGAGCAAACUAUAUUUUUAUUUGCUUGGCUUUGGGGUACAUAUGUGACUCCAAUGGCUAAUACAAGCAUAGAUGAAAGAGAACAUGGCAUUUGGCUUUUGUCUAUUGUGUUUACCUUUUACUAUAGAUAAUUAAUUCCCUUCUAUAUUUCAGUUUGCUUAACUGUUAGGUUCCUUUGUGACAGAUCUGCUUCUUGUGAAGCAUCUAUAUUUAAGGAAUAACAGAUUUUCUUAUGGAA